AAGAUGACACUAAGGUUUUAAAAUCAAGUAAGUAGGAGGCUGUUUUUCCAGUGGCAGAAAUGAGGAAGUCAGGAGUAAAGAUUAGGUUUCUGCUGUGAUAAAUUGAACCUGUUAAAUGCUAUGACUUUUACAUUUCGUAACUGUUGGUUAAACCGGUUAUGUCACUCAUUCGAUAGCGCUGUAUUUGUUUGAAAAAUACAAGAGUCCCUCCUACUGGACUUUGAUCUAGCAGAAACAGCUGUUACCUAACAACCUCAGACCGUCACUGGAACACCUGUACAAGAACGUUCUUUAGUUUAUUUAAAUGGUUUUGCAUAUGUAAUUUAUUUAAGCCUUCAAAAUGAUUAGAAAACUUUUUAUGGUCCUGCUUUUGUCGUCUGUGACUCUUGGAGAAGCAAGGAAAUCGUUUCUCAGUUUUCUGAACAUAGAAAGGACUGAAAUGCUAUUUUUCACAAAGACUGAAGAAACUGUCGUUGUAAGGUCAAGUUACAGAGAUAAACAGCCAAACUCCAGCUACCUCUUUGUGCAACUAGAAGAUCCUAAAAUGCUCCAAGUGGUGAAUGUGACUAAGACCUUAUCAGAUGUUACCAACUUUACCAUAAACCUGGUGACAGAUGAAGAUGGGGAGACAAAUCUGACCAUUCAACUGUGGGAUUCUGGAGGUAGGCAAGAAAGACUCAUUGAAGAAAUAAAGAAUGUCAAAGUCAGAGUGCUCAAACAAAGACAAGACAGUCUUUUCCAGGCAUCAAACCUUAUUGAUAGAAAUAUCCUUAUGCUUUUUCUACCAAUGAUACUGUUAAAUAAAUGUGCAUUUGGUUGUAAGAUUGAAUUACAGGUGUUUCAAACAAUAUGGAAGAGACCUUUGCCAAUAAUUCUUGGGGCAGUUAUACAGUUUUUUCUUAUGCCAUUUUGUGGAUUCCUUUUGACGCAGAUUUUGGCAUUGCCUGAGGCACAGGCUUUUGGAUUUGUAAUGACCUGUACAUGCCCAGGAGGGGGUGGGGGCUAUCUCUUUGCUCUGCUUCUAGAAGGAGAUGUCACUUUGGCCAUUUUGAUGACUUGCACAUCAACGUUAUUGGCCCUGAUAACGAUGCCUGCCAAUUCGUACAUAUAUAGUAGGAUGUUAGGGUUAUCAGGUACUUUGCAUAUUCCUGUUUCUAAGAUUAUGUCAACACUCCUUUUCAUACUUAUACCUAUAUCAGUGGGAAUAAUCAUCAAGCGUAGACUACCUGAAAAAGCAAACUUCCUGGAGAGGAUCAUUAGACCUCUGAGUUUUAUUUUAAUGUUUGUAGGGAUUUAUUUGACUUUCAGAAUGGGAUUAAUGUUUCUAAAAACAGUGAACCUAGAAGUGCUUCUAUUGGGUGUCUUAGUUCCUGCUUUGGGUUUGUCGUUUGGGUACUUUUUUGCUAAAAUUUCUAUGCUGCCUCUUCCUGUUUGUAAAACUGUUGCUAUCGAAGGUGGGGUACUGAAUAGUUUCUUAGCCCUUGCUGUUAUUCAGCUUUCUUUUUCACAGUCCAAUGCAGACUUGGCUUCUGUGGCUCCUUUCACAGUGGCCAUGUGUUCUGGAUGUGAAAUUUUACUGAUCCUUCUGUUCUACAAGGCUAAGAAAAGAUGUAUCCUUACCAUAGAAGAGAAAAGAAAGAAAAAUCGCCCGGUCUAA